CUCCAAAUCAAUGCAUGGCAAAUUUUUCUCUUUUUCUGAGAUUUGUCGUUUGUACUUGAAAUUACUUUACGAUAAUGCGAAGCUUUAAAUGUUUCAAAUUGUGCUGGCAAUCACGAAUAGUGUGACGUCAUAUUCUCAUCUAAACUGUCCACUUGACCAAAGAGAACGCGCGUACAAAGUCCAUUAUUCUAAGAAUUAAAAGCCAAAGUACUAUCGACAAUAAUGUUCUAAAACAGUUGGUUCAUACAUCAGCUUUGCAUUCAUGGAGAUAUGAAGCACGUUGGAAAUUUUAAGAGAGAGCACUCAAAAAGCCAGAGUUGCUGCGCCUCGAGCAAUUCUGACGCUUCUCUUGUGCUUUCCAAACUUUCCGCGUGAUUCAUAUCCAUAUGGACGCACGCUUACGUUUGAACCGAUAGUUCACCCUUUAACUCCCAGAUUUGAUUGACUUGCAACUUCUCCUCAUGAUAUCCAUGUAAUAUCCAACAAAAAACCUAUUGAGAAUACUCAAACUUAUCAGGUAGAAGUUGUUGUCUUGAUCUAACACCAAAUUCUGUUAGCAAUUUACAAUGAAAUAUAUAGCAACUAUAGAGGAGAAUUAACCAUUAAAUCUUGGGAGUUGAAGGGUUAAGUGUAAUACCGUAGAAAAUUAAUAUCCGCCCCACAAUUUAAUUAAUUGAACAGACAAAACAAACAGUUGUCUGAUUUUUAUCAUGGCGUACUCUUUACAGUACGAUAUAUCUCAUUUUGUUUUCUAUCACUAUUUGAAUCAACUGCUCGAAAAAGAAAAUCUAACGCAGUAUAAUCUUUUAUCUGAUACGAAAUAUACUUCUUACAAUUUAGAACGCUCCCAAAACCCUUGUGUGUCUUCUAUUUUAAUUUUCGAUAUCUGACAGCGAAAGCAAGGCAUCAAUUAUUUCACUCAUUUUUUUUUCUCAGUUGUUUUGUCUGUAACAUGUGCAUCUACACGUGAGGGCAGAUUUUUCAGAGGUUAUUACGUAAUCUAGUCACAGAAAUAAAAGAAAAGCGCUGGAGAUUUGAGCUGGAAAUUUGUGUGAACAGCUUAAAAGAAACAAUUUGAUAUUGCUAAACGUAUGUCUCUUCAAUAUCUCUUGCUUUUGAGCCCGAAUCGUGACGUUGAAUAUCAGGGUGACUAAGAGGGCCAUCGCGUGAAGAUUACACGUGAAUGUAUCAGCGGCGAUUACAUAAUCUAGUAACGUCCUCUUUGUUAUAAUAUUCAAACAAUCUUGCCUUAGUGAGUCCAGUGCUACCAAUUACGUAGAAAGCCGGUCAUGUCAAAUUUCACUUGUUUGGAGGAAAGUUAUGGCUGCCGGUCGUUGAGUGAUCAAGAUUUUUUCGCUGUUGUAAACCAGAGGUUAGAUGGUUUCUACUUUUGAAUAUCAUUUCUGAUCGUAGUGUGUAGUUCAGGAUUUUCAAUUCUAUUGUUUGGUGACUUCAUUCAAACCAUCGAUUAUCAUUCACGGUAUGGCCAAAUCAACUCAACUCGUCUAAAAAUUGAUAAUCCUGGUUCAGAGGAGAUAAAAGAAAGUCCUAAAGACUUGGAAGGUUCAGAGCAAUGGAAAAGAAGAUUCGUGAGCCAUACGACCUUCGAUCGAGAGAGUGGAAAUUAAGCGACAAGCUACACACCGAUAUCAGAGAUCUCGCAUGUAAAGUGACGGUGAAAGUACCCGGCGCUCAAUCAGUUGCACCUAUUGCUAACAAGUUGGUGGACUUUCAAAGGCAAAUCGUAGCGCAGGAAAGGGCUGUUAAAGGCGUGGACGAGAGAGAAGAGAAAGAAUUUCUUUGUUCACUAUGCGGAUGUUUUUACAUCGAGCCGGUUACGCUGAACUGUGGACAUACGUUAUGCAAGACAUGUAUUAUUCCAGUCGGCGAAAUUUCUGUGUCAGCUGUCUACUGUAAACUGUGCGGCUCUAAAAAUUAUGAAAAUAAUCUAUCGAUAAAUGUCCUAGUCUCACAAUUGAUUCAAAAAUGGUUCCCCGACGAGUAUGAACGAGAAGUAAAGCAGUUAGAGGAAAUCGUUCGGCGUCAACCACAGGGUAACCAGCAAAAAAUCGUUGAAAGCGUGUCGGACGUCCUAAACAAGUCUCCAAAACAGGUGACGGCUUUAAAAUUGCGGAGCCAUGCCUUCUUACAGAUGGGGCUAUACAAAAAGGCCCUGGAAGAUGUCGACCUUGCUUGUGAUUUACGACCCUUUCUUUCGAGCGUUUUUCAUCAGAGGGGAGUGGUGUUGAUGAAAGUGGGAGACUACCACGCUGCUUCAAGUAGUUUUUCGCGCGCCUUAGCACUAGAUCCUAUAGUAGACCCGCGGUUUCGGUCAGAAUUUCUCACCUGUCUGACCCAUACGCUGGAUUCUGAACGAGCUGACCCACGCAGAAAGCUUUUACCUGGUGACCAUUUGGGAGGUUUAACCCGAAACAGUGCAUGUCAGAGCCCUCACACAGACAAGACAAAUGAUCACUCUCUUAAACACAGUUUUCUUCAAAAAGGAUCUUCCUUAAAGCGUCCUAUUGAAGACACUUCUGAUAGUUGUUCCCUCUGUUCUCGAGAAUGGAGAUCCAAGUAUUUCAAAUCUUCGACAGAGCUCAUUUCGAAUUCUACUAAACUUUGUGAGGCUAAUGCCGUGAGGGAGCUUGAAGAUCUGGAAUGCAAAGUCUGUUAUAACAUUCUGUAUGAGCCAGUCACUACAACCUGUGGACAUACCUUCUGCAGAACAUGCUUACAAAGAGGGCUCGAUUACAGAUCAGAAUGCCCAUGCUGUCGUCGUGCCCUUAACUGCGGAGUUGAAAGGAACACUAAAGUUAAUGUGAUCAUUAAAGAGACUGUGAAGAAAUUCUUUGCUGACGAAUACGCUGAAAGAGAGAAGAGCUUCAUAGAAGAAAAGUCACGUUGGAAGGGAGUUGGUGUUAACGAAGAUAUAGAACUGCCUAUAUUUGUAUGUCUGUUGGCUUUUCCAAGUCUUAAAUACCCACUCUAUAUCUUUGAACCGCGAUACCAGCUUAUGAUCCGUCGAUGCGUGGAGCUAGGUUCCCGGAUGUUCGGAAUGUGUGCUUUUUCUGAGGACCCAGACAAGGAAUUUUCUGAUUACGGAACUAUUUUGCGCAUUGAAAAUGUCAGUUUUCUGCCUGAUGGCCGCUCCAUCGUUGAAACUACGGCGGUGCGAAGAUUUCGUGUUGUCUCCCGAUCAACGACCGACGGUUAUAACACAGCGAAAAUAAAAUGGCUCGAAGACGAAAUUCCCAAAUCAUAUUCUGAAGAUCCAGACCUCCAGACGAUGAACGUCGACUGCUAUAGAACUUUAGAACUUUGGUUUACUCUUAUGACACCGUUACAACAGACAUGCGUAACAAACGCAAUAGGCUCCAUGCCAGCCAUUGAGGAACUAGUACCCAGCUCUAACGGUCCAUCCUGGCUGUGGUGGGGAUUGGCGGCUGUCCCACUGAAAGAUAAAGCUAAACUUAUCAUUCUGUCGAUGACGUCACUGGCUGAGCGGCUUCAAAGUCUUCGCCGCUUUUUAGAACUCUUGAUCGGGGUGAGAUUCGAGAAUUAGCACCUGUGGAAUAUUGAGAACUUUUGAACUUUGAAUCUUUAAGUAGAUUGAUCUAAGUUAGGAUUCAAAUGGAGUAAAGUAGUUAUGAAAGUUUGAAAAAUACCCCACAGA